CUACACAGAACGGACACGACCUUCACUUUUGUUAGCAUGAAAACAUGAAUCGUUUGCUAGCACGUUGUUUGCUAUCCAGUUAUAGGUCCAACUGUGGCAGGCUGUUGUCUGCAACAUUCUCUGCCUCCGCUGGCACGAAAGAUCACAUUAACAACUUGGUGAAAGGCAAGAAGAUUGUCAUUUUUAUGAAGGGGACACCGGAGAAUCCGCGAUGCGGGUUCAGCAAGGCAGUGGUACAAAUAUUGAACUUUCACGGUGUGCAAGAGUUUGACGCUUACAACGUGUUAGAGGAUGAAGAUCUAAGACAAGGAAUUAAAGAGUAUAGUAAAUGGCCAACCAUACCACAGGUUUACAUGAAUGGGGAGUUCAUUGGAGGAUGUGAUAUUUUGUUGGACAUGCAUAAAAAUGGAGAACUCGUGGAGGAAUUGAAGACCGUUGGCAUCAGAUCGGCAUUACUUGAUCACCCCAACAAGCAAGCAUAAUGAUGUGUUUGGACAAACGUGACUUUUUAUCAUGGUAGUAAAACUGCAGAUCUUGUGUUUCUUUUUACACUAAUUAAAAGUUUUAAUACAAUUGUGGAUUAGACAUUUUCAAUUUUAAAUACUGAAAAUCACUAAUUAAAAGUUUUAAUACAAUUGUGGAUUAAACAUUUUCAAUUUUAAAUACUGAAAAUCAGGAAAUGUUAGCGAGCAUAAAAGUUUUGCGAGUUUUGCAGCGUCAUGAAUACAAGACACUAAUAUUUGAUGAUGCUAAAUUUAAAGAGACAUACAAUAGACUGUUCCGUGUGAUUGUUUUCUUGGUGAUUAACUGAAUACACAUCAGUGGUUACAUGCUAUUGAUUAAUCCAAAGGGAUAGCAAACAACAAUAGUUAUUAGUUAGCAUGCACAUUACUGCAAUUUUCUACUAAAUUUAAGUUGUCAGUAAGCUGUAUAACUUCAAAAUUAUUCAAAAACAUUAUUUCAGCACACUCUACAACUUAAGAUUAUUCUUUCCUUAUUUUAGUUUCUGAUAUGACAACCUCACAAAAGUUUUAUGUUGCUAAUACAAAUGUAUGUCACUUAUUUUGAUCUUGCUAAAGUUUAAGAUCAGUAAUAUUUUAUUAUUGACAUUACUUUUGGAUGUGUAUUUUUGGUCCCUUCAUUAAGCAUAUAUUAUUUGCAUGUGAUGAACAUGUUUAAAAGGUAUUGUAUUUUGUUGUUUUUAUUGCACGGAUUACGAUACUCAUUGGAAACCUAGUGUUUUCAUGUUAAAAUCCGAAUGUUUGUUGUAUUGAUUUUAUACAUGCACAUGUAGAACUUGUGUAUUUGAUGUUGCCCAUGUAUAUUUGAAUUGUGUGUGUAUGUGCAAUGGAUCUUUGUAUUUAAACAACUGUGUGAACACAACUUACCUAAACAUACUGGUAUUGCAUUAAUUUACUAUAUACUAGUACAUUUGAGAAUUAAAAGAAACAAAUUUUUCAGUUUGGUUUGCUUAUUUUAUGAUAGAUGCUUAUUUGCUUAUUUUAUGACAGAAAGAAAAUUAACACAUGUAUAUGUCAAAUUAUGCAUAAAUAAUAUAUGUACACAACAUUGUUUGGAGUUUUUUAAUGGAAUUUUAGAUGGCUUAAUCGUUUAGCUUAAACAAAUGUUGCAUUUUUAUUGGUUGUAAAAUAUAUCGGCAAUAAAUUUUGGUUUCUGUUGAGAGGCUUUUCCAGGUGAGAAUACCUGGUCCAGUGUAACUACCGGUAUGUUGAGUGAAUGUUCUUCUCUCUUUAGAUCAGUUGCUAUUUUUAUCACAUACUUCUUAACUUGUCAAGAAUGGCUGAAAUAGUUUUCAUAAGAUAAAGUUCUUGUAUACUCGUGAAUGUUCUCGAGAUGGGUUUACCUGUUGUUCAGAUCUCUGUAUUCACUAUUCGUCAUUUGAGCAUUUUAGGAAUAUUAGAGGCUUGAUGUAGCCAAGUGGUAAAGUGCUCACUUGAAGUGCAGUUCAUGAGCACAUCUACAAUAGUAUAUUUAAAAAAAUCUACUUUGAUAAGCACAAAUGAAAUGCUAUAUGUACCAUAUUAACAAAAUCUUACCUGUUGUGCUGUUCAUCAAAUGCAUCCUCAAACUGAAAGUGAAAAUACAAUCCUUGAAUUGAACAGCUUUUAAUCAUAAUGAUUUGAAUACGGCUUUCAUUCAUUCACUGUAUUGUUGCACAUAGCUAAAGGUCUAUAUAUGUUUUUAAGGGACAAAAAUUGGCAAUAAAUACUUUCAAUAUA